GCCGGCGCUCGGUCCCCGGCGCAGGGCGAAGGGGCGGCCGCUGCGGGCCGAGCGAGGCUGUUGGCGCUGCCCUCUCGCUCCAUGCUGCGGUCACGUCCCGGCCGCUGCCGGCCCCGCUCCGUCCCUCCCUGCCGCAGCACGUUGUGUGUCCUGGAGAUGCAGAAACCAUGUAGCAGAAAGCUCUGAGCAGUUGUGGAUUAUCAGUUCCUCCCAUCAGCAGUAAAAACUGAAGAAUGAAGGUGCCUGGAUUUAUUUCCCUAUGGACGUUGACUUCACUGCUUUGUGGCCAGUUAGGAAAUACUGCAGAGCACGAAGAUGUAGUAAAGCAUGCAAUCAAGCUGCACCGUGGGAAAGGAGCUGUUAUUACUCAGCGAAAGCAGUGGGUGAUGGAGAGCUGCAGAAAACUAUCUGGUCUCCUUCGCCAGAAGAAUGUUGUGCUCAACAAAUUAAAGAAUGCUAUAAGAGCAGUUGAGAAAGAUGCUGGGCUGUCAGAUGAAGAGAAACUUUUUCAGGUGCAUACCUUUGAAAUUUUCCAAAAGGAACUAAACGAAAGUGAAAACUCAGUCUUUCAGGCAAUCCACGGCCUUCAGAGAGCUCUACAGGGCGAUUACAAAGACGUUGUAAAUAUGAAAGAAAGCAGUAGGCAGAGACUGGAAGCCUUGAGAGAAGCUGCAAUUAAGGAAGAAAUGGAAUACGUUGAACUCUUAGCAGCAGAAAAGCAUCAGGUUGAAGCCCUUAAGAACAUGCAGCAUCAAAACAAAAGCCUGUCAAUGCUUGAUGAAAUUCUUGAAGAUGUCAGGAAGGCAGCUGAUAGACUAGAGGAAGAAAUUGAAGAACACGCCUUCGAUGACAACAAAUCUGUAAGAGGUGUUAACUUUGAAGCUGUUUUAAGAGUGGAAGAAGAUGAAGCCAACUCCAAAAGAAAUGCUUCAAAAAGAGAAGUAGAGGAUGACUUAGGUCUUAGUAUGCUCAUUGAUUCCCAGAACAAUCAGUAUAUCCUUACCAAGCCCAGGGAUUCAACCAUUCCUCGUGCUGAUCAUCACUUCAUAAAGGAUAUUGUGACAAUAGGAAUGUUGUCUUUGCCAUGUGGCUGGCUAUGCACAAUGAUAGGAUUGCCAACUAUGUUUGGGUACAUCAUCUGUGGCGUACUGUUAGGACCAUCUGGAUUAAAUAGCAUUAAGUCUAUUGUGCAGGUGGAGACAUUAGGAGAAUUUGGUGUAUUCUUCACUCUCUUUCUAGUUGGUCUGGAAUUUUCUCCUGAAAGACUAAGAAAGGUGUGGAAAAUAUCUUUGCAAGGACCCUGCUACAUGACGGUUCUGAUGAUUGCCUUUGGUUUAUUGUGGGGACACUUGCUCCAAAUCAGACCAACACAAAGUGUCUUCAUUUCCACUUGCUUGUCUUUAUCAAGCACACCGUUGGUGUCAAGAUUUCUUGCAGGUACUGUUCGAGGAGAUAAAGAAGGGGAUAUUGACUACAGCAGUGUACUACUUGGCAUGUUGGUGAUGCAGGAUGUGCAGCUCGGCUUAUUUAUAGCUGUUAUGCCUACACUUAUUCAAGCAGGGGUGAGCACACAUUCCAGGUACCGAAUUUCAGACAUCUGUGGAAUGAGAUCUUUUCAGUCAAGGAAAACUGGUUUAGAGGCAAGAGAGCAGUUGAAAGAAAUGUUCUGUUUGUUCUUCUCUUCCAGCAUUUUCAAGGAAAUACUGAGAAUACUGAUACUGAUUGGCCAAAUUCUCUUUUCUCUGGCUGCUGUUUUUCUUAUAUGUCUUGUUAUAAAGACUUAUCUCAUAGGACCGUAUUAUCGCAAGUUGCAUGCAGAAAGCAAAGGGAAUAAGGAAAUCCUCAUUCUAGGAAUAUCUGCAUUCAUCUUCCUAAUGUUAACGUUGGAGAUGAAGUUGAGAAAGCAUGGAAAUGCCCAAAGGUUCAGAUAUUUUACCAAAUCUACAGUGUACAGGAUUCUUAUGCAUGAAGUGAGAAGAUGAAAUAGAACUUCAGAAGUCAUAAUUCUCCAGGAGAUAGAUCACGUUAAUUGAUUUUGAGAUCUCUUACGGGUUUGGUUUAUUUGGAUCUGUCAUCCCCUGGCUUCUAUCUCAUGUUUCAGCCCCCCAACAGACUCUUCUGUUGGCGAACAGACUGUGACAGCCAACGAUAUUAACUGUGGGUUUGAAAUUCCUUUGUCCUGCUUGUGCAGAUUUUUAUGUCUGCCUUGAGAAUUUCUGAGAAAAAUUAGCAAAGAUGCUCCAGUGUUUGGGAGCCUUUUUUGCUAUCUGUGUUUGCUCAGUUAUUACAGGGCCAAUAGAGAAAGAAGUUAGUGAGAGCAUACCUUCACAAUUUAUUGAUUUUUGUUAUGUGUGUUAAAAGCAGCAUCCCCCUAAACAGCUAUUCAUAUUCCAAACACAAGUGCUGUUUAAUAAAAAACAAAACUAUUCCCUCCUUUUUACUUUCUAUCAGGCAGACAUAACAUUUGUAGAACAGCUUUAAUAAAAACAAAACCCAAUGUAAUUCACAUUAAAUACUGCGGUACCUGGAAGCACUUCAACUGCUUUGAUGAAAAAAAUGGUCUGCAUAGAUUGAUCUGAUUGAAUUGGGUAUAUUAUGCCCAAACUGACAUCAAAUACAGAAGGAAUUGGUGUAUGUGACUUGAUGUAAGCUGUGUAUACAAACCUGAGGGGGAAUAGGUUUGAGCAUAUUGGAUGUGUAUCGCAGAAAUGGAGUGCUUCUUCAGCAUGAGAAGUGUUUGAAAAGAAACAAAUAUUUUGUGUGCUUUCAAGCAAAAGCAGCUUUCCCUUAAAGCAUGAUAAAUAAUGUAUUAAAAGGAUCAGUACAAAAGAUGCUGAAUGUAACCUUGGUAAAUCAAUUCAGAUGCUUUAUGCUCUCUGGUACAGAUACACUUAGCACAGUUUGCAGUACAAGCUGUGGUUUAAGCUCAAAGAGCUAAAGGGAAAAAAAUGGAAAGAAGAAGAAAACCUCCACCAACAAGGUGGUUGUCCUAUUGAAAAAUUAAUCAAGAAGAUCUUCUGGAAAACAGAUCUAAAUCUAAAUUGUUGUAGAUGCCCUAUUAUUUCAGGAAAAAAAGCAUGGGGGCAAUCGAAUUUGAAAAUGUUGUGUGAAUUUGGAAAGGAUCAACUUCUUGAAUGUGAGUGUAUUUUGAGUGCCAGGUAAGAACAAAUUGAACUCACAUAGUGCUUACAAAGAUCUUUCUCUUUUGAAAAACAAAUCUAAACAUCCACAGAAUUUGUUUAAUUAUCUGGACACAUAGAAUUUUGCUUAUUUGUGUAGUUAUAAAAAAGCUUUUGAAGAACAGAGUAAGAGAAUGUAUAUUUUAGCAGCUUUAACCAAAGAAAACUCUGUGGUUCCAUUUAGGAAAAGUUGAGAGAUGUUUUCAAGCAAAAUGUUUUAGCUCUCUUUCUAACAUAUGAGAUAUUCUGCAGGCCACGUCUUUCCCAGUGCAUGACUGAGGUGGGAAUUGCAUGAUGUUUGUACUUCAUGCAUGCAAAUACUUAUGUGCUUCCACAUUGAAGGCCAUGUCUGGGGUUCACCUAAGUUAUUUCAUGUUGGGAUUCAUGUGUAAUGCACAUUUUAUAUAUAUAUAAAAAUUUCAUUUAUUUUACUUAUGUCCCAUGCUUCAAAUUCUCCAGUGACAAAUUAAACAAGAAUAGUGGUUUCUCUAUUAUUAAGGGCAACUUCUGUGCCACUGUAUGGGAAAAAAAGGAGGAUAGGACAGAGAAGGUUAUUACACUGAAAUUGCUUGCUAACACUGCAGUGCGAGUGUUAUCCUGUUGAUUGAGGAUCUUUCUGCAUGGAAAUUAUUUUUGAACAUUCCUUUGUCUAGAGCAUUUCUGAUCUGCUUGGUUCACUUGGAUAACAUUGCAACUCAAAAUUUGAAACUGGACCUUCAAUAUGUCUUUACUUUGUAAGCCAACUUAGAGUAGGAGAUGCAACACAUCUCAAAUAUGAGCUGUUUUACCAAAUUUUGGAGAUAUCUCAGAUAUGUAAGUGAAGUUUUCCCCUUUUUUUCCCUCACAUUGGAGGGCUCUGAGAAUGUCAGGUACCAAUCCUAUGCAAGUCUUGCUGAGUUUUGCUACAUGGUUAUCCAUCUUUAAAUCGCAUAGCUUAUCAUCAGUAACAAAAGUUCAGUAGAAAAUUAUGAAACUUUCAGCUUCUUUUCCAGCUUUGAUUUAUGCUGGUACUGUGUACUAUUUUGAAAGUGAAGCCUGAUUCUGGUUUUAAAGCCACAGAGGAUAGAUGGCCAAAAUGGUGCUUUUACGUCAGGACAUGAACUGUACUACAGUGACCUGAAGAACAUGCCGUGUGUCAGCCAGGGUGUCGAUCAGUUGUGGGUAAAAAGGGGCUUUUAGUUUGACUGCAUCAUGGUAGAUCUAUGGUGACAGCAGUAAGGAAAGGGGAAUUGCCAGCUGUCUUUAUAUCUCAAAAAGUUGAAAAUAAAGCUGUGUUAUUGCAGUACUUUAUGUAAGAAAUCGUGCAUACUUUUUCCUGCAUUCUAUUAGGAAUAUAAUUCCUUGUUUGCUGGAGUACUUCCCAAUGGCUCAUAACCUGCUUUUGAACUCCUUCUUGUCAAGUAAGGAGAGAAGAUUAAGAAAGAACUGUAAUCUUAUAUUCAAAUUAAUUAUUUCAUAAAAUCAUCCGAGAUGGAGUUUUAAAAGGCUCACAAAAAAAUUAUUUCAGUUCUCAUUAAGGCUUUGCUUCUUUAAAGUGCAAACUUAGUAUUCAUCUCUUCAUCUUGGACACAUUUAAGUUAUGAAUGUCCCAAAUAUUAAUACAUUUCCCUGAGGGGUUUCUGUAGUUUUACUAACUUACCUUAUUCAUCAGGCUUCUAUGAUGAUUAAGGAGUAAGAUAGGCAAUAUUAGUAGGCAAAACAACUGCUGAACAAAUGGCUGAAAUUCAACUGGAACAUGGCAUAGAGUAAUGUUUAUUUCUUUAUUGCUGUGGUAGAAUAUUUGAACAUAAAAAUCCUAUAUUCCCAUGAGAGCAAAGCAAUCCUCUCUGAGUUAGGAGUAAAAUGGAACCUUUGAAAACAAAUGAAAGCUAAAUUAUACAGAGGUAGAAGGAUGCAAAUUAACAAAAGUUUUUCAUUUAAUUUUGAGUGGAGAAGCUUCCUGUAAUAUAGGAGUUGGGAAGAGGAUAGAACACGUCUUGGGGAUUAGUAAUCAUUAAUGUUCAAUAAAGCAAAACUUUAAAAAUGGUGCAGACAGAGAGGGAUUACUGAAUGCAAAAUAUUUCUCAAGUUUUGCUUAUAUAAGAAAUUUUAUCUAAACUGCCACUGCACCAGUAAAGCACUCUUCAUUGUAUGUCUGUAUGCAUUAUUUAAAAUAAACCCUGACCCUACAGAUUUAGUUGAGGAAAGGUAUGUACUUACUGAUAAUGCUACUGGACAACCACUUACUAGGGUGGGAAUAGAAAAAGUAGUCCUGGUAUAAAUCUAGCCCUAAAUCUGAAGAACAGACUGAAAGAAGUCAGGUGUGGCCACAUCCAGCCUGGCCUCGAAUGCCUCCAGGGAUGGAGCAUCCACAACCUCCUUGGGCAACCUGUUCCAGUGCUUCAACACCUUCUGUGUGAAAAACUUCCUCCUAAAAUCUAACCUAAACCUCCCCUGUCUCAGUUUAAAACCCUUGUUGUAUCACUAUCCACCCUUGUAAACAGCCAUUGCCCCUCCUGUUCAUAUGCUCCCUUCAAGCAUUGGAAGGCCACAAUGAAGUCUCCCCAGAGCCUUCUCUUCUCCAAGUUGCUUCCCAAUUAAAAUGUGCCUUGCUUCAAUAGUGAUUCUUAGAACAGGAUAGCAUUGUGCAAUUCCAGUACAAGGGGUGGUAAAUCCCUUCUUAAAUGGUAACCUAUCCACAUGCAAGCAAAUACUUAAAAUACUAGCUAAAAAGGUUUCAACCAGAAUGUGUGUGAGUUUAUAGCAGAGAAGUAGAAAUAAUUCCAAGUUUACCUGAAGAAGCUGUACUGGAUCUACCAUAUUCACGAAGUUAUGACUUUCAAAAAUGUUUCACAUAUAUGUGUGAAUCAAUAUAUCAAUAUAUCAAUAUAUUCACAUAUAUGUUUCACUAUAUAUGUGUAUUUCUUAUUUUAAUUAAUUUAAUGCAUUUCUUUCUUCCCCCUUACAAUUUCAAGUUGUUGUGAAAAGCGCUGCGCAUCUCUGAAACUGUACUGAAAAAUUCCUUUUGUUUUAAGGCACAAAUGUAUCAAAAGUGGCAUAUUUCACAUAGUAGCUGGAAUGGAUUAUUUUAUUGCUUUUGAACAGUCAGCAACCAUUUGCAAUGACAGAAGCAAUUUGUUUUCUUAAAUACCUUGCAAUAAGUUAAAGACUAGUAUGCAAGUGGCUUUAUGUGAUGAGAUGCUGAAAUACGCAGAAGACUGGAUUUUAUUUUCAGUGCUUGUUUAUCAUUGUCUUUUGUUCUCCGCUGUUAAUUUUGAGUCAUUUGAGUGUUAGCUUUGUGCCUCUGUGUAACACCGUUUGACAUAUGAUCAAUGCUGUCCGUAAAUGUACCAUGGUGUGUCGUUGCUUAAGCUAAAUUAUUAUGGAAAUAAGUCUUCAGUUGAAAUAUUCUAUUAAUAUUAAUAGAAUUGUCCUUUCUAAGUGAGGUGACUGUCCUCAGCAGCGUGGCUUUAAAGUAAUUUAUUCCUGUGAAAAGUGCUGCUUGCUUUUUUAGUGUUAUAGGCGUUGCCUUAAGCAGUUUCUUUGGUUUUUGGUUCAGUCAUUUUGCAUGUUUAAUCUCUCCCUUGAAGUGCCAUAUUCAAAUAACAAAAAGAAAAGAAAAAACAACAAUGAAGAGGAGUCUGAGUUCUUUCAAAUAGGUGCUUCAUUCCAGCAGCUAACUCCACAUGCUUAAAUUCUUUGCUAUUCAGUAAAACACACAAGCACAUCCAGGUCCAAUUUACAGUAGUAAAAUGUCUAUUAUGUCUGCUAUAUUGAGACUGUUCUCCCAAACUAUAAGAUUUUACUUUUUUUUCCUCUUUGUUUGACAGUUGGAAAUUAUGCAGUUCUUAUGGCUUGUUUUUACAGCCUCAGUGUAUUGUGCAGUGCUGACUCUAAGCUGUUAGUCUCUCUGUAGUCUUUGAAAUCAGAUGCCAUCCACAAGAGUGACAUAAAGCAUUGUGAUCCAGAUUAAAAGAAAAAUUUUUUGUGGGGAAGGAGGUAACACUAUGGAGGGAAACUGCUUUUGUGAGACUUUUGGCUAAAUACAGCGCUGCAGAAAACAGAAAUAAAUCAGCAAAUUCUAUUUGUUGUUGAAUUUGCACAAGCAUUCGCUACAUCCAGCACAAUGUAUAGUUUUGUAAUUUUGCAGUGAAAUGGUAUAUAUGGUCACUCUGGACGUGAGAACGGUAACAGAUUUUUCUGUUGUUCCU